AAUUCCAUUAUUCCAUUAAUCAAAACCCCCACUUUUACAACCCUGCUGGGAACCAGCCCAAAGCAUGGUCGAGCGCGUCCACGAAGCAGCGCGACUGGCGCUCGUGCGAAGCGCUGACGGCGCAACCCGUUGGGUCCCGUACACCCCACCCGGCAGCUCACCGUCACCGCCUAUCGAGCUGCGUCACAAGACCACUCCUCCGAGUGGCAGCGGGCGACUGGACUUGGACGCGUCCUGUUUUACAGGUAACCCGCACUUCAGCCUCGUGCAGACUGACAAAGGCUCCCCAUCAGCGCAGAAUUUGCUGGUAUUUCUCCACGGCCGAGGCGACUCGCAUGAGCCAUUUGCUCGACUUGGAGAGCAAAUGGCGCUUCCCCAAACAGCGGUGGUAUCACUUCGUGCACCUCGAGAGCUUCCUCUCGGUUUGGGAUUCACAUGGAUCGACGAUCUGGAUGCCACUGGGGACGUGAUCCCACCAGAUACUCCACACAAACACCGCAGUUUCAGUCUUCAGUUAGCACGCGAUUACGUGUGGAACUUCUUUCAAGUGCUGCACGACAAGUACGGAUGGAAUUACUCUCGACUCUUCGUGUUCGCUUUUUCACAAGGAGCCUGUGUGGCGUUCCACUUGGCGAUGACUUUGCCGCGUGACGUGCGGUUAGGAGGCAUGGUGCUAGUGUCUGGAGGUGCAAUUGUGGGGCCUCACUCCUCUGCUAAUGCUUCAGAUGCUGCUGCCACGCCAAUACUGCAAGUCACAGGUGCACUGGACGACGUCUACCCGACAGCGCUAGCCGUGCUUACUCGCCGCGAAUUCAAGAAGAGAUAUACACAAAGAGAUACAGAACUGUUCACAAGCUUAGUGAGGCCACACAAAGGACACGCAAUGGUCGACUCUCGUGAGGACAUGCAGCACGUGAUGCUCUUUUUCUCCAAACACCUGUACUUACGCAACAUUGAGCUGGAGAACCGCAGCGACAUUAUCGAGCUCCAGAUGUGAGCAAUUCAUGAACGCUACAGCAGCAAUAGAGUUGGCGAUCUUUUAUGAUUGACGAUAUGACCGAGACAAAUAAUCUAAUCGGUCGGAUCGCCGAAGUAGCGGAUUACGCCAUGGGACACUUGAAUGAGACUGUCGUCUUCAAGCGAGCGGAGUGCCAUCUGGAACUCUGCGCCUUUAACUUCGCUCUUGCGCUUCUCUUCCAGACGUCGGCGCGUUUCAUGAAUUGUCAUCGACUGGUUUGGUGUAUCGCCUAAAAUCUCCUUCAUACCCGCAAUGAGAUCGGCUAGGACCUCGCGUUCCAGCACACUGUGCCCCGUGUUGAUCAUAUCCAUAUCGAUAGUGCCCGUCCGCGGAUCCAUAGCGGCUCGUUGUGUCGCCACGUUCAUAAGACGCAGCGCUUCAUCGACAUCACUUCGAGUCACGGUCUCGCACAGUUUGAGCUUCGCAAGCGCUUCGGAGAUACGAAUAAGUGACUCGAGCUGUCGCGGUGUUGCUGUGAUGUUCUUCUUCGCUGAUGCAGCGCUGACGCCGCCCAUUCGUCGAAGAUCUAAGUACGCGCGGAUGAGUCCGUUCCGAGCUUCAGCUGACAGGCGUGGGUGGAUGUUGCGCUUGGCGUACGCGAUGUACUCGGUCAGCAGCUUCAUACUGAUAAGCUGCGGUGCUCCCUCUCCUCCUCGAGUUUGAGCACGCACACGUGCACGAGUCUCUUCGUCGUAGUACAGAGCGACGAUGUGCUUCGCGAGCUUCCGGUCCGAUUCGGGUUGCGGCUUGUCCAGGAUGAGGUAGAUGAGGUCGAAACGUGAGAGAAGCGUGGGCAGAAUAUUCACAUUUUCCACCACAGACUUGUUCGGAUUGUAGCGCGAUUCGAUGGGGUUGGCAGACGCAAGGAUCGACGCUCGUGCGUUGAGCGAACAAAUGAUACCAGCCUUGGCAAUACUCACUGUCUGUUGCUCCAUAACCUCGUGGAGCACGGAGCGAGCGGAAUCGCUCAUCUUGUCGAACUCAUCGAUACAGCAGAUACCCUCGUCGGAAAGAACCAGAGCACCCGAUUCCAGUACGAGGUCGUUUGUCUCCAUAUCGCGGAUAAGUGAAGCUGUGAGACCGACAGCUGAACUUCCUUUGCCUGACGUGUAAAUACUUCGCGGCGACAGCUUGUGCACGUACGAUAGCAACUGAGACUUUGAUGUACCAGGAUCGCCGCACAGCAACACGUUCAUAUCAGAGCGCAUACUCUUCCGUUUCGGUGCCACUCCGCCGUGUUCGUGCUCGCCGUCGUCCUCGUUCACGCUGCCGCUACUGCCAUCUUUGCGUGUGCCACCGAAGAGCAUGCACAAGAUCCCCUUUUUCACGUCAUCCAGCUCCCAGAUCGAUGGUGCCAGUGAGUGAGCCAGGUUCUCAUAAACUCGAGGGUGCGAUGCAAUGCGACGGAAAGCUGCCAGCUUACGUGCCUGUUGUGCAUCCGCCGCAGCGGCGGCGUCUUCGUGCUCUUCGGAGGGGUCUGGCAUCUCGACGUCGAUAUCUGCGGGGCCGAUCACGCUUGUUUCAACAUCUUGCUCCCGAGCAACGGAGCUGAUACUCUCGCCAUUCUCACCCUCUUCGCGCCGGGUGAGCUCGUCCACUCGACGGAAAUGAACAACGUCCACGUAUGUCUUGAAUACAGACUUGACUACGCGCUGACGCGAGUUGGAGCGCAUCGGCACUGCACGGUAAAUGCCCGUCACUUCGACCUUGUCACCAGGUCGUACUCCAUCGACGAGAUCGUCGAACGCAAACAGGAGCACUGUGUACGGCGUCUCACCCUCUGGAAUAGCGUCAGGGGUCUCCUGCAUCUUGAUCAUUUGCUUGUCAGUGAAAGCGCAACGGUUGUGAAUCAUCUCCAUGCUCAUCCGGGUCUGGCAUCGCGUGCAACUGGUGGGUUCCUCAAUGCGUCCACGAUCCAGAGCCACCUGUGUCGUCGCGUGGCACAUCGCGCAGCGGAAGAACGCUUCUUUCAAGUCCGGCAACACGCCACUGCAACGGGUGACCAUACCUUUCAGACAUACCAACUGGUCGAUAUCUGCCGGGUUCAAAUGGCGCAUAGGAGACAGCUCUCGCAAGUUAAAUGGUCGAACCUGGAGCGCCACAUUAGCCACGUUGUCAAAAGCUGCGGGCCCGGCGCCAGGACCGACGAGCAGCGCGUGAUACUCCUCCGUUACUACCAUAUCCAGGAUACGGAUAAGCACCUGAGGGAACAAAAUCAGCUGGUUGUACAGUUUCCGCGCGCCACGAAAUUGCCUCAAGUGCUGCGUAUCUAGAUCCAGUACGAGCGACUGGGUCAGUGCCAGUCUGCGCAGCGCCUUGAUAUAGUACGGCUCGUCAUGCGUGUCAUUGUUCUCCUGUCUGAACUGGUGCAAAAAGCCUCUGAAGAGCUCCAUGCUCUCGGACACACUGAUGUUGGUGCCCCAGACCACGGCGCCCGAGAAAGCUUGCUGCUCUUCCUGCUGCUGUCUCUGGAGCUGCGAGUACGCCGUCGCGGAUGCGGAUGCCGACGCAGAGGCCGACGCAGUGGAGGGCGGCGAACUGGGCGGCGACGCCGGUGGCUGCGGAAGUGACGCCUGUGUGGGCGCUGGCAUACCGGAUCUGCUACUGCGGAUACUGGCCACGGAGCUGCUGCUGGGCGAAGACGGUGCGCCGGAACUCAUGCCAUCCGGGUUCAUGGCGUGCGGCCCUUGCUGGAAGCUGUCGAGUCUCCAUUCGCGACGACCCAAGUCUCCACGUGGCAGUUGGCGCUGAGCCAUACGCCGCAGUUCCGCCUCCACGUCGUCUCCUUCCUGUCCGGCCGCGGAAUCGUCGGCUGCAGCUCCGUAGCGACCUAAGUACCGAGGUGCCGGCGUGGCAUCGACCGACGCGCUCAUCUCCGCGAACCCGUAGCGAUUGUGCAUGUCUGUGGCGGACACGGCGGACGCGGACAUGGCGGAUGCAGAGACCGACGCCGACAUGGGCGACAUCGGAGAUACGGGCUGGCCAUCAUCGCGCGGAGCCUCCGUGGGCGCUGAGAUGGAGAGAGGAGGCUCGGAAGGUGGAGACGUUGGGGCCUCGCGCGUCAGGUACCGAGGCGCCGGUCGUGCGGGGCUUGUUGGCGAAGGCGGCGUCGCCGGAGGCGUCCCAUUCCCGUCCAUGGCUUGUCGAACCUAGGCCAAUUUUGGAAUUGUGCGCUUCGCGCCAAAAUUUGUGUCUGAAAACUAUCCAACAGCAUGUCAAUAAAAUGUGAUUUAGUCCUA